AUGACUACCUCCGGUAACGUCUCUCCAUCGACGGGUGAAGUCAUCACGACUGCAACCACUUCCCUCUUCAUUGUCAACACUGGCAAUGUAACCAAACUUAACGAUACCAACUACGUGAUGUGGAGCCUUCAGAUCCAUGCUUUGGUUGAUGGUUAUGAGCUUGCUGGAUACCUCGAUGGAUCCACAACUGCUCCUCCUCCUAUGGUGACGACCGGAACCACCUCUACCCCGAAUCCGGACUUCGUCAUCUGGAAACGCCAAGAUCGCCUCCUGUUUAGUGCCUUGCUUGGUGCUAUGUCUCCCUCUGUUCAACCUUUGGUCUCACGUGCCACCACAGCUGCUGAAGUAUGGACCAAGGGGAAUAAAACCAUAGAUGAAUAUGUUCGUGGUCUUGUUAUACGCUUUGAUGAACUUGCUGCUCUUGGUAAACCUAUGGAUCAUGAGGAUCAAAUCGAAAAGAUACUUGAAGGUCUUCCCGAAGACUUCAAGCCUGUUGUCGACCAGAUUGAGAGCAAGGACUCUCCACCAACCAUCUCCGAUGUUCAUGAGCGAUUGUGUAAUCGUGAAGCCAAGCUCCUUGCUGUUGCUGCUGCCACUCUAACUCCGUUUCCAGUGUCUGCUAAUAUCGCUCAAAACCGUCCGAACAACAACAACAGACACAACAACAACAACAACAACCGUUUUUGA